AUGGCGGCGAGCUAUGAUCGGCGGGCCGUCGCUGCCUCUCUGGUUGCGGUGGUGGCGGCGGUCGUCGCUGGGCUGCCGGCGGCCGGAGCGCUCGGGGUGAACUGGGGCACGAUGGCGACGCACCGGCUGCCGCCGGGCACCGUGGUGCGGAUGCUGGAGGACAACGGCAUCAGGAAGGUGAAGCUGUUCGAUGCCGACGCUGGCCCCAUGGACGCGCUCGCCGGCAGCAGCGUGGAGGUCAUGGUGGCCAUCCCCAACAACAUGCUCGACAUGAUGACGGACUACGGCACGGCCAGGGACUGGGUGCACCAGAACGUCAGCCGCUACAACUUCGACGGCGGCGUGAACAUCAAAUACGUAGCGGUCGGGAACGAGCCCUUCCUGUCGUCUUUCAACGACACGUUCCUGAACGUCACGCUGCCCGCCCUGCAGAACAUCCAGCGGGCGCUGAACGACGCCGGCCUCGGCGACACCAUCAAGGCCACCGUGCCGCUGAACGCCGACGUGUACAACUCCCCCACGGACAACCAGGUCCCGUCGGCGGGGCGGUUCCGGUCCGACAUCGCCGGCCUCAUGACGGAGAUCGUGCAGUUCCUCAAACAGAGCGGCGCGCCCUUCACCGUCAACAUCUACCCGUUCCUGAGCCUCUACGACAGCGACGACUUCCCGCUGGACUACGCCUUCUUCGACGGCACGAGCAGCCCCGUGGUGGACACCGGCAACGGCAUCCGGUACACCAACGUGUUCGACGCCAACUUCGACACGCUCGUGUCCGCGCUCGCCGCUGCAGGCGUCGGCGGCCUCCCCGUCGUGGUCGGCGAGGUCGGGUGGCCGACCGACGGCGACAAGCACGCCACGGCCGCGUACGCGCAGGAGUUCUAUGCGGGCCUGCUGCGGAAGCUGGCGGCAAACACCGGCACGCCGCUGCGGCCGGGAUACAUCGAGGUGUACCUGUUCAGCCUCAUCGACGAGGACGCCAAGAGCGUGGCGCCGGGCAACUUCGAGCGCCACUGGGGCAUCAUGCGCUACGACGGCCAGCCCAAGUACGCCAUGGACCUGUCCGGGCAGGGCCGGAACACGGCGCUCGUGGCGGCGAGGGGCGUCCAGUACCUGCCUCGCCAGUGGUGCGUCGUCAACCCCAACGCGCCGGACACGAGCAAGAUCGGCGACAGCGUCACCUACGCCUGCACCUUCUCCGACUGCACCUCGCUCGGCUACGGCUCCUCGUGCAACGGCCUGGACGCCGUCGGCAACGCGUCGUACGCCUUCAACAUGUACUUCCAGGUGCAGAACCAGGUGGAGGGCAGCUGCGACUUCCAGGGGCUCGCCGUGCCCACGGCGCAGAACCCGUCCACGGACGCCUGCAACUUCACCAUACAGAUCACGCCGUCGGCCGCGGGGAGACGGCGCGCCGGCGCCACGGCCGCGAUGGCUCUGCUCCUCUUGGUUCUUCUUGCGUCCCCUGACAUGUCGUGCCGUGACUGA